UCUGGAAUACGGGUGCGAUCCUGAAGAGACGGUAGGACAGCUGUUGUUGGAGCGGUUUCAUUAACGCCGUGCGAAAGGAAAGCAAAGUCCUGCGGAGUUCUCCAGAAGACAGUCUGAGAGCUGUUUUUAGUGCCAAUAAUUUAUUCACCAUCCACGGAUCAUGGGCUCCAUGUUCCGCAGUGAGGAGGUGUGCCUAGUGCAGCUCUUCCUGCAGUCCGGUGCAGCCUACAGCUGUGUCAGCGAGCUGGGAGAGCUGGGCAUUGUCGAGUUUAGAGAUCUGAAUCCCAACGUCAACGCGUUUCAGAGGAAGUUUGUCAACGAGGUAAGAAGAUGCGAGGAGCUCGAGAAGACUUUCGGGUUCCUGGAGCAGGAGAUCACGCGCUCUCUCUCUCCAUCACUGCGCUCUCAGUUGCAGGACGCCUUGCUCAGCCCCCCGGCGCCGCAGCCCAGAGAACUGCUCACUAUCGAGGAGGAGAGCGAGCGCUUAGCCCAGGAGCUCAGAGAGGUCUCCAGAAACAGAGACAGCAUCCAAGCUCAGCUGACCCAGCUGUGUCAGUACCGAGGAGUGCUCACUCAGAUGCACUUCCUCACCUCCUCUCAGACAGCGCCACCUCCAUCGUUUGACCCGGUGGGUCUAGCGGAGAACAGGCAGGACGUGAGGCUCAGCUUUGUGGCCGGCGUCGUGCACCCGUGGAAGGUACCGGCCUUCGAGAGGCUGCUCUGGCGUGCCUGUCGCGGUUACAUCAUCGUGGACUUCCGGGAAAUGGACGAGAAGCUGGAACAUCCCGAGAGCGGUGAAAUGGUGCAGUGGACUAUCUUCCUCAUCUCCUAUUGGGGCGAUCAGAUUGGACAGAAGGUGAAGAAGAUCUGUGACUGCUUCCACACACAGAUGUUCCCGUAUUCGGAGAGCCAAGCAGAGAGAGAGCAGGUCCUGAGUGAACUCAAGACUAGAAUCGAAGACAUCAGGAAAGUGACGGUUGAGACAGAACAGUACCUGCAGCAGUUGCUAAUGCGUGCCGUGGCGGUUUUGCCGAAGUGGCGCGUGCAGGUGCACAAGUGCAAAGCCAUUCAGAUGGUUCUGAAUCUCUGCAGCCCUUCCGUCACCGAGAAGUGCCUGAUCGCUGAGGCUUGGUGCCCCGUUAGCCAGCUUCCCGCUCUACAAAGCGCCCUACGUGAAGGAGGGAGGAAGAGUGGUAGCAGCGUCGAUUCAUUCUACAAUCGUCUGCCUGCUAGCUCCUCUCCUCCUACCCUCUUCCCCACGAACGCUUUCACUGCAGGCUUCCAGAAUAUUGUAGACGCUUACGGAGUAGCCAGCUAUAGAGAGGUCAACCCAGCACUGUACACCAUCAUUACUUUCCCAUUCCUGUUUGCGGUGAUGUUCGGGGACGUGGGACACGGCCUCCUCAUGACACUCGCCGCUCUCUGGAUGGUGCUUGAGGAGCAAGACCCCAAAAUGAAGAACAACACAAAUGAGAUCUGGCGUAUGAUGUUCGGAGGACGCUAUCUCAUCCUGUUGAUGGGACUUUUCUCCAUUUACACUGGCGCCAUCUACAACGAGUGCUUCAGCAGAGGCCUCGCUGUCUACCCCUCCUCCUGGCACAUUCGCCCCCAUGCCAGCCACUACAACUGGACCGAUGAGAUCUUCAGAACAAAUCCAUAUCUCUCUCUGGAUCCAAACGUUACCGGAGUAUUCACUGGGCCCUAUCCAUUUGGCAUCGAUCCGAUCUGGGGGAUGGCUAAUAACCACCUGACGUUCCUGAACUCCUAUAAGAUGAAGAUGUCGGUGAUUAUCGGAAUCGUCCACAUGACGUUCGGAGUCUGUCUGUCGUUGUUCAACUUUAUACACUUCGGGGAGAUAAGCAGCGUGUUCCUGGUGCUGAUUCCCGAGUUGUGUUUCAUGCUGUGUUUGUUCGGUUACCUGAUCUUCAUGGUGAUUUUUAAGUGGGUCGUUUACGGUCCUAUGCACUCGGACAAAGCGCCCAGUAUUCUCAUCCACUUCAUCGAUAUGUUCCUGUUCACGGAGAACAAAGACAAUCAAGAACUCUACAGCGGCCAGAUGACGGUGCAGAAGGUUCUGGUGGUUCUGGCGGUGUGUUCCGUUCCUGUGCUGCUGCUGGGAAAGCCCAUUCACGAGUACAUCGCCUUCAGGAAGAAGAAACGCCAGGCUGCUUUAAGGGGUGAGCGGCGUCCUCUACUCGCAGAAAACGGCACGAUAAAUGCCCAGCAGGACGAUGUCGAGGCGAAACCGGAAGAAGCCGAGGAGGAGUUUGACGGCGCCAAUGUUUUCAUGCACCAGGCCAUCCACACCAUAGAGUACUGCCUGGGCUGCAUCUCCAACACUGCCUCUUACUUGCGUCUGUGGGCCCUCAGUCUGGCUCAUGCUCAGCUGUCCGAAGUGCUUUGGGUGAUGGUGAUGCGCAAGUCCUUCUCCAGCACUAGCUACGUGGGAAGUGUAAUCAUGGUAUUCAUAUUUGCUUUUUUCGCCAUCCUGACGGUCUCUAUCCUUCUCAUCAUGGAAGGUCUGUCGGCUUUCCUGCACGCCCUUCGACUUCACUGGGUCGAGUUUCAGAACAAGUUCUACAGCGGCGCAGGAUACAAGCUCAGUCCGUUUGCAUUCGCCUCCUUAAUCAGCUUCUCAUCAACUGAUUCUGCUUGAAAUCAUUUUGUGCCUGCGCGAUGUGUGGUUUUUUUUUUUUUUUUUUUUUUUUUUUUUUUUUUUUUUUUUUAAAUCCAGACAUUUCAAAACGGUAUCGUUUAAUUUAUCCAUGUCGUCUCGGGGUUCAUGCUGAAGAAGCUCCUUUUCCUUCGGGUCAGUCUUCACGAUGGUCCCUUUUUUUUUUUUUUUAACCUUGAUCUGAAAUCGGUUUUAGGGUUACUUAGAACGCUUUAAAGGAUUCGGUUCGAGUUACAGCACCACAUACCUUUCAUAAUAAACAAGAUCGUAUCGUUAAGGGACCUGAUAUUAUACACGAUGCAUUCCACAGAGUUCAUUCAGAUACAAAAUGUAACUCAGGGAGAUUUUAUCCAUGGGAAAGACUGUUCGUGUGUGUGUGUGUGUGUGUGUGUGUGUGUGUGUGUGAGAGGUUAAACGUCAGAAUUUUUUUUUUUUUAAACUCCAAUAAUGUAAAUGAAUGAAUUUAAAAAUUCAGAUGAAUCAAAGGGAGUAAUUUGGGCCAGAGGUUUGCUUCUUGCUAUGUGUUUUUAUAUAAAUUAACAACUGUCUUAAUGUCCUGCAUGUAAAGUCUUUUUAAUUACUUGCUUUACCGAUGAGAUAUGAUUUAGAACUGAGACAUGUAACGCUGCAAUACGAGUUAAUACACAGUCAAUAAAACUUAUCAUAUUUGUG